AAGCUUCUCUUUUUUCUUUUUAUCUCAAAUGAGGUUCAAUGCUACGUCUGCGUCACGUGGCUCUCCUCUGUGUGAGCUUUGCUUUCUGCGGCUCCUCAGCAGAGCAGCGUUGUUGAGGCUGAGAUGUGAGAUGCAACUCAGAAGGACUGGCUCAUAGAGGCAAAGUUAUGGCACGGACAUCCCCGGAGGACAAGGUCCAGCAGCAAUUUCUCUCUGCCAAAAAGUCCCUCACCGGUAACACGCACGUCCUUCUGCUGCGCUGGAGCGAGACAACCCCAAAUUACGCGUCCAAGUAAACUAAUUGAAAAUUGCGAAGCGCUUCAGGAGUGAAUGAGAUAUCAGCAGUGUGGAGUUGAGUGACAGCCACAAUGCAACAGGCCUGUGAAGUGAAGAUAACAACUAGCUCACAGCUACACACGGCGUAAAACUAAUCUGAAUGCAGCCAUAGUUACAAGUGCCCUUCGACCACCUGAGAAUGACACUCGGACAAAAGGACUCCUGAGAUAAUUCUUCACCUCCAGAGCCAUCAGGCAUUCUACUAAAUCAGCAUAAACAGUAAAACCAAGUCCACCAUGAACCUGAUCAGGAAGGAUGCCAUGACCAAUAAGAAGGAGAAGGAAAAAGAGAUCCAGUAUGAGGACCCUCCAGAUGGAGGUUGGGGCUGGAUGGUGGUGCUGCACUGCUUUCUGGUAAACGUCCUAGUGAUGGGAACACUAAAGAGUUUUGGGAUCUUCUUUGUGGCAUUCCAAGAUGAGUUUGGAGGCUCGUCAGAAAGCAUUAGCUGGAUCGGUUCCAUCAUGUCGAGUCUGCGUCUGUCUGGUGCGCCCCUUGCCUCUGUGGCCUGUGCCAAGCUUGGAACCAGGGUGACCUCCAUCGCCGGGGCAGUGCUGGUUAGUGGAGGAUUCCUCAUUAGUAUUUUCGCCAACAAUGUUGUGUUCCUCUACAUCAGCAUGGGAGUGAUAGUUGGAAUUGGUUUUGCACUACUUUACCAAGCCUUCUCAGUGGUGACAGCGCUGUACUUCCGCAGGAGGUUAGCGACAGCGUACGCGAUUGGCCGUUCUGGCAUGGGUUUGACCUUUGCCCUUGCUCCGUUUACUCAGCUGCUCCUGGACAAGUAUGCUUGGCAAGGAGCAAUGCUAAUUCUUGGCGGUCUAAUGCUGAAUCUGGUGGCCACUGGGAUGCUUCUGCGACCCAUCAAAGUGAAGCCUCCCGUGUCAAACAUUACCUCUCCUCCCAUUCAAAAGAGCCCUGCUGUUUCCCUCAAGAGCUCCUCAGAGAAGGAAUGCAAUAAUAGCUGCUUGAAUGGCUCCUCUCACUUAUCCAAUGGCAUCUCCAAAGCAGACUCAUUUCCAUCUCCUCCUCCAGCCCCUCACGGGGACACUGAGAACCUGGGGGGCCAAUGUAAUCAGGGACUCCAGGACCAGUCAGUGAACCCUGAAUUGACAAGACUGGUCCUUAAUGGUGUGAAUGGCCAUGAGCCCCACCAUGACUUGGGUCAGUGUAAACCCACAACUCCAGAUAGCUCAGCGGAGCUCAAUGGCAGCAUGAAUGGGUCUACCAUUGUUGGACUUCCCUCACAUGCCAGCACGCCAAGUGAGGUGACCGUCAUAAAAGCCAAAGUACUGGAUUUCUCUCUCCUAAAGGACCCAUUCUUCUGUAUCUAUACUUGGUCCUUAGUCUUCAGCCAGUUGGCCUACUUCAUCCCCUAUUUCCAUCUGUCUGCCCGAGCCAGAACCCUGGGCAUUAAUGCCAUGGAUGCUUCCUUCAUCAUCUCUGUGGCAGGCAUCACAGAGACCAUCGCCCAGCUGGCCUCGGGCUGGGUGACAGACAGGAACCUGUUCCAUAAAUAUCACUACCACAAGGCUUACCUGAUCCUCUGUGGCCUGGUCAACCUGCUCUCCCCGAUGGCCACCUCCUACAUCCUGCUGAUGGUUUACGCUGUCUUCUUCGCCAUCUUCUGUGGUGGAUACAUGGCUCUGCUGCUGCCCGUUCUAGUAGACCUUGUGGGGUCGGAGAAACUUAACAACUCCAUGGGCUUCUCCAUGUUCUUUGUUGGCCUGGGUUGCCUCACAGGACCUCCUUUGGCUGGCUUCCUGUACGACUACACUCAGACUUACGACUGUUCUUUCUACCUGGCUGGCCUCUGCUAUCUGCUCUCAUCUCUCUCCCUGUUCAUGGAGCCGCUGGCUCAGCGUUGGAAGGCCAGGAACAAACUGACCCGCAUCAAGAGAGCGGAAAGCAGCUGUAAGACCAACGGCUGCUUUGCCCCCGACCGCCUGCAGAAUGGCACUGUGUAGGAAUGAAACCCAUGCUCAUAAAGGGCCUGCAUACCUUGGACCUUGGACUCCGUCUUAAAUUUGGGACCCAAGUGACCCUUAAUUUCAGCAGGAGCGUAACACGGUGCCAGAGGAGACCACAGCAACAUGUCUAUGAACAUCCCAUAGUCGGGAUGUUGGUGAAUAGAUGGUUAUGGUGAACUUUUAAAGAGUCAAAAUUUGGAUGUUAUGAAAAAUAUUUGACUCCCUAUUCUUGUUCUUAUCAGAGGUACAUGCAACCAAACUGAAGUAAUCAUCUACAUACAUUAUCCAGCACAUUUUAGUAGUAGCUGCUUUGUAACCUUAACUUAUUAAAACACAAUCUAAAUCUGUUUUUCAAUGUAACAACAAAACUGCACUAACUUUG